AUGAGAUCCACAGUUGCCUUUAAAGUCAUCUCGAGUCUAGAAGAGAUAUUUGCAAGACAUGGUCUACCUGAGAGCCUGACAUCUGACAAUGGAACACAGUUUGUAGCAACAGAGUUUACAGAGUACACGGAGCAGCAGGGAAUCAGACAUCACAGAGUAACAGCAAAAUGGCCCCAGGCAAAUGGAGAAGUUGAGCGCCAAAAUGGCUCACUUCUGAAAAGACUCCAAAUCGCACAUGCUGAAAAGAAGGACUGGAAGAAAGAGUUGAAUGUUUAUCUUGCAGCGCCACUUCAAAAAUAUAAACAAAAAAUUUGUCAACGUGUCAUGAUGAUGAGUAGCUUUUGGCUUCGAGAAGCGUCAAUGUGUUUAGUACUAUCAACUCUUACUGGCGCUUUAUGGAUCCUUCCAUUCGUCAAAGGUGAAACAUGCGAUUCCAAACUCAAGAUCAGACCCAUUGUGGACAUAUCUUCAAGUCCAGAAAACAACAGAUUACCCUUUGGUGCCUCCGUUACCCUGACUUGUACAGCGGAGCCCAAAACACUGGAUAAAGGAUAUCACGAUAGAUGGGUCAAUUAUAUCGAGUGGUACGAUCCACAGAAUAAGGAAACUGGAGCUAAGUGCCGGCAGCCUUCAAACAUACAUGCACACAAACGUAAAUUAAGCUGUCCAUUAGUGCUUAAAAAUCUGACAGUUGAUAAAUUUGGCCGCUACACCUGCCAAGCUGGCAAUGGUUACAGAAACCACUGCACGAGGAAAUCAUUUGAAAUAGUGAUUCAAGGUCCUGCGCCAGAGUUAGUUGGAGUUCCUCGGAACCAAAGCACUGAUAUAGGAGCCAAUGUAACUUUCAAAUGCACCGCUACAGGUCUUCCUAAACCAAACAUCUCAUGGAUCAAAAACAAUGAUUCAUUUGCCUUACAAUCCAACCCAAGGGUUACAUUCAUUAACAAUCCACAUUCAUUAACAAACCACAAAACCAUGCACAGCCAGUUGUUUAUUACAAGAGUGAAGAAAGAAGAUUUUGGCAAAUAUCAAUGUGAGGCCAAAAACAGUGGUGGUAAAAAUUUGUCGUUGCCAGCUUUCUUAACCCCGAAAGGUACAGGUCCUGCGCCAGAUUUAGUUGGAGUUCCUCGGAACCAAAGCACUGAUAUAGGAGCCAAUGUUAUUUUCAAAUGCACCGCCACAGGUCUUCCUAAGCCAAACAUCUCAUGGAUCAAAAACAAUGAUUCAUUUGCCUUACAAUCCAACCCAAGGGUGACAUUCAUUGACAAUCCACAUUCGCUAAAAAACCACAAAACCAUGCAAAGCCAGCUGUUUAUUACAGGAGUGAAGAAAGAAGAUUUUGGCAAAUAUCAAUGUGAGGCCAAAAACAGUGGUGGUAAAAAUUUAUCGUUGCCAGCUUUCUUAACCCCGAAAGUUUCAG